GGAGCCGGCGGGGCGGGGAGAGGCGGGAAGGAGGCGGGUGGGGAAGCGCAGGAGCCCCAGGACGCGCCGGGUUCCCGGCCUCGUCCCGCGGGGAGGCAGCAGCCCCAAGGAGCCCGAGAUGGCGGACAGCGCCGCGGCCACCGCCGCUCCUCGGGCCGGCGUCAAGGGCUCGGCGGGGCCCUGGUGGAAAUCGCUGACCAGCAAGAAGAAGCACAAGGAAGCGGCGGUAGCCCCGCCGCACCCCGUCGCCAGCGAGACCCCCGCCGACACCCCCAGCCCCGACGGCCGGGAGGAGCAGCCCCUUCCCUUCGGCAGCGGCGACGCCGCGGGAACUGGAGUCGGCAACCGGCGGAGCCUCCGAGUGUCCCACUCAGGCCGCUUCAAGGAGCGGCGGAAGGUGCGCACCUCGCUGCUGGCCGACAGCCCCGAGGUCUUCGACGGCGGCGGCGCCCCAGGCCACGCCGCCCAAGGGGCCGAGUAGCCCAGGAGGGCCUUGCCCAGGAGCUGCCACUGGAUGGGUGGCCGGAGAACUGGCGGGACCCGCAGCCGGAGUCAGUGACUGCCCCACAGCUGGGCUUGGACCCAUGGGUGACUCGUCGGCAGCGGCCUCCCAAACGCUGAGCGGACACUGCGGGGAGCCCGGCACCGCUGCCGGGCGAGGGAAUUCCGUGCUGUGUUAGGUGAACACGGCCAAUACCAAACCCCCGGAUGACGGGACGAUGUGAUUGUCUUUUUAAAAAAAAACACAAAUAAACACCCCACUCCCUGUACUGUGGUGAGCGGACUCAAAGGUGCUAUCCCAAGGCCGAUGGUGGGGUCUCUGAACCUUCCUGCAGCCCUUGCCAGGAGCCAACGUGCUGACUCUGAGGCCUGUGACCUAGCUCCUUCUGGCUCUCAAGCCGAGGAGGUGCUUUGCUGCCUUCGUCUCUCAGGCUGUCUUAUCGAAGGAAGGGGGGAACAAAGUGCUCUUAUGUAAUUUCAGGGCCGAGGACCUCCGGCGGUGCCGAAAGUGUGCCUGUCCUGCCAUUAGCCACAAACACAUCCUCCGUCCUCCACGGGGGGUCAAAAGAGAGGUGUUGUGAGGAGCAGGUUCUUGCCUUUGCCGAUGUCCCACAUCACAUCACAUUUACAUAUGGAAAAUGCAGGACCAUGCUGGUGUUCUCCCUCUUCUUACAGUGUAAUACUAAGCAGGUGUUUCAGAGACUGGUCCCUCGUAGUUCUGCUACAGAGGGAGGCCCAUGUUGUCUAGCAAUUCACACUAUUUACCCAGGGGAUACAUGAUUUUUGCAUAAUUGGUGUUAACUGGCAUAAUGAAGCUCCAAUGAAGAAAUUAUGUGAUAAGAUGUAAACAUGCUUCUGGGAGAUGAGCCCAGCCCUGGAGAGCACAAGCAGGAUUGCAGUUCUAGUGUGGAAAUAGGCUUGGGCACCACUGGAAGGGUUUGCUGUUUACCACAUCUGAGGCUUUUGAAGCAAGGUUAAAUGUCCCAGGAUUUCUUCUGAUGGUGAGAUGAUGUGCUUUCACUCGAGUAGUUACCUGCUCCCUCUAAGAGCUCUUGGAUUUUUGGACAAAUAUAAGCCAGAUUUGUACUGGUGUUGUGCCUUACAGAGCAAAAUCAGCUAAAAUACUUGGCAAUUAUACAUUUCUUGAUAGUAGGUGAUGUAGCAACAACUGACUUAUUUAUUUUAAAUGCAUUUGCAAUAUACUUUAUAUUGUUAAGAUGGUUUUAGACUUUUUCUGAAUAUGAGAUACUACAUAGUGGCAGGCACUGAAAAUUACUUCCUAACAGUCAAGUAUUAUGCAGUUAUGAUUUUGGUUAGUUGUAAUUAAUCAUUUGAAGUCAAUUAAAAAUAAAAAGUGACUGGAAAGGAAAUAAGAACUGAGUUCCAGUUGAAAAUAUGAAUUAAACCAGCCAUUGACAAUCAAAAUGAAAUGUUGCACCAGAUUCUGGGCAAGUGCCCCAUGGUUCAAUGUGCACAAUAAUAUGUAGUGAACCUUGAAAGCUCCUGUGCAAUAAACUCAGACAACGUAGCUGCUGAGGUGCUCACUGGUCAUUCACUCCUUCAGACUCUGGAACCCAAGGACAAAGGGACUGUAGCAUCAAAUCUAUUUCCAUGAAAGCUUUCUUUUUUGGGGGGUUGUUUUUGGUUGUUUUUUUUUCCCACCCAGUGUGUAGAUACAUGUUGGGUUUUUUUUAUUUCAUUUAGUAAAACCACAAAGUACUGGAUUUGGACUGCCUGUUUAUGUUGCUGACUCCAUGCAAAGAUCUGACCAAGUAACGAUCUGGGGUGGGUGAGGGGAGCUCUUUAAACUUUCUCCUCAAAAGUGCUUUUCCAACAGAAGGCCUCUUCAGUCAAGGGACAUCUGAAAUCCUUCUCAUGAGAAGAAGCAGUCAGAGCAAACCUAGUCUUGGAAAAAGGGGGAUGAGAGAGAAGGGGGAAAGUUUAAAAGCUGGAAACUGAGAGGUGGAUUAAGAAGAACCCAGUUCCAGCUACAGUUAACCCAGGGUGGGAGUAGGGGCAAGGAGGCAGAAAGGGGUGGCUUUGCUGCCAGGGUUGUCAUACUACUUUUGGUGGGCAAACUGCUCGUGUUUAUUACAGGCAGAAAUAGUCUGCUGUGUUUAUGUAUUCUAAGGUCUAAAGAAACGUUUUUGUAUGUCUGUGUGCCCAAAAUGGAAGAACAAGUAAGCAGAAAUUGCACUGAUGAAUUUCUCAACUCCUGCAUCUGGUUUGGUGUGAGUUCUGUGAGGGUCAGAUCCUCAGAACUAGCCAGAGGCUGGAGAAUUAAUGCAGACUAGUGUUUUAUAUCAAUGUUUUUCUGCAUUUUUAAUCCUUAAACUGUUGUGAAAAUACACUUUCCUCCUCUCUUCUGUACCUCAAAGCUGCCUUGUUUUACACUGAUCCUCUGUUUGCCUUUUGGAAACGCCUCAGGUUUGUUAGCUGCAAGUCUUUACUUAGGCUCAAGAAAUAUCCAAUUUGGGUUUUAUUUGAGAAGUCUGGUGUGCUGUUCAGAUGGGUGCUGCUAAGAUUUAAUAUCAAUAGUGGCUAAUAUGUGACUAAAUAUUAGCCACAUCUUAAUCCUUGCAUACAAUACUUUCAUCUUGGAAAUUCGGUCAAAAUACAAAGUCAAUAAACGCACGCAAAAUACCUCACAGUGCUCCUCCAUCUUUAUCCUGACCUUGAGCUGUGGGAAGGAGACGUAAUUCUAUCUUCCUGCUCAGUCAAAUCCUUGCUUCAAUGAAUGUGAUAGCAGCCACUGAAAAACUAGAUCCAUGAGAAAAUGGGCUGGCUGCCUCGUCUCACUUUCCCUGCCCUCUGUGCCCAGCAGUACCUGCAGCUUAGUGCUCACCCACCAGGGCCAGGAGCAGGGAGAAGGCCUCUUGUUUCUCAGCCAGAGCCCCAGAUAAAGCUUAAGUAAUCUGUACACAUGUAAAUUAAUUAAGCUGAUACAGAACAAAAAAAAAUGGUAUUUUAUGGAGCACCUGAAUUACUGUUUUUAACCAUUGAAGUGGAAAUAGUUUCUUAUGUAUUGAACAAUACUUGCUCUGUUAUAACAAUAGUGCAUUUCUGGGCAUUGGAUUAUUAAAAGGCAGUUUGCACUCUUAGUGUGGGUAUUUUUCUCAUCUUUAUAGAGAUCAUGGAUCAGAAAGUAAGCUGAGGAAAUAGGCUGACUGAGAAAGUACUUGCUGUAUAUUUUUAAAAGUAAACAGUGGCAUUGACAAAACAAAUGGAAAAAAGCAGAUGAGGUGAGCUAUGUCAGUUAUAGUGCAAUUUUCUUAAUAUUAUCGCAGAUACUAAGGAUUGCUGGUUUGGGGCAAAAAAAAAAGCAAAUAGAAUGAACUUUUGAAAUAAACUUGCAAAGUAUA